AUGACAACAUUACCCGAGAAGGAAAUUUCGACGAACCGUGAUAAUUCAAGCAUCCAAGCCUCAGAUAUCACAGAAACAGGCAACCAGGAGACGCAAAACAUCAAUCAAACACAGGCAGAUGACAGCACCGUCAAGGAAGAAGAUCAACAGCAACGCACACCAAACCAAAAUGAAACCCUCACAAAAACAACGACCACCCGGGGCGAAAAGCCCUAUAUAUCUUUCUCCAGGGGCCAGAAAUGGUUCAUCGUCGGCAUGGCCUCAGCUGCAUCCUUCUUCUCCCCUCUGUCAGGACAAAUCUACUUCCCUGUCCUACCGAUACUGACGCAAAGCUACCACCUGAGUCAGACUCUCCUGAACGUCUCUGUGACCACGUACCUAAUCUUCCAGGGCCUGGCACCGAGUUUCAUGGGCACAUUCUCUGAUGCCAGUGGCCGUCGACCAGCAUAUAUACUCGCCUUCAUAAUCUACACCGCCGCAAACAUCGGUCUAGCUCUUCAAAACAGUUACGCUGCCCUCCUGGUGUUACGAUGUCUCCAGAGUGCAGGUAGUAGUGGCACGGUCUCGUUCGGAUACGGAGUCAUUGCAGAUAUAACCACAACAGCAGAACGGGGCAAAUUUCUCGGUCCCAUGGCUGCGGGAGCCAUGGUUGGGCCUGCACUGGGGCCUGUCAUCGGAGGCCUAUUAGCUCAAUAUCUUGGUUGGAGAUCUGUGUUUUGGUUUCUGGUCAUUAUCAGCGGUUCCUAUCUCGCGGUAUACACGAUCCUAACACCAGAAACACAUCGCAAAAUCGUCGGAGACGGAAGUAUCCUACCCUCUGAAUCGUGGCGGUUAUCAAUCCUGCAAUACGUCCGUAUAAGACGGAAAUUGGCACGAAUGACCCCCGAGGAAAAACAGGAGUACGGCGAGGAGCAAGCGGCAUUAACGGCACAACAGAAAUCUAGAAAGAUCAAGUUUCCGAAUCCAUUACUCUCGUUUGUGAUUUUGUUGGAAAAGGAUGCCUUUGUGAUUAUUCUCUAUGCUGCGAUUAUGUUUUUCGGCAUGAUGAUAAUGAUGACUUCGUUGCCGUCGUUGUUUCCGGAGUAUUAUGGUCUGGAUGAGUUGCAAGUUGGAUUGUGUUUUUUACCCUUCGGAAUCUCCACCGCCAUCGGCGCAGUCAUAAACGGCAAAUUCCUCGACUUGAACUACAAACGUCUCGCGCGCAAACUCGGAAUGAGCGUUGACCGCAAACGCGGCGACGAUCUAACAAAUUUUCCCAUCGAAAAAGCCCGUCUCCAACUCAGUUUCCUCUGGAGCAGCAUCCUGGCCGCUACAAUGUUAGGUUAUGGUUGGGCAUUGAACUACAAAGCUCCCCUUGCUGUCCCACUUGUCAUCAUGUUCAUAAUGGGGUUUACGAUGAUUUGUACGAUGAAUAGUCUCACGACGUUGCUUACGGAUAUAUUCCCGGAUAGAGUGAGUACGGCAUCGGCGGCGCAGAAUUUGUUGAGAUGCUUGCUGGGUGCUGUUGGUGCGGCGGUGGUGGAUCAGAUGUUGAAAUCGAUGGGUAUUGGGUGGUGUUUUACGUUUAUGGGUCUUCUUAUUCUUGCUGCUACGGGGUUGUUGUGGUUUGAGUAUAUUUGGGGUAUGGAGUGGAGGCAGAAGAGAUGGAAAAAAGCUGCUGAGAAGGCUAAGAGAGAGAGGCAGAAUGGGACUGUCUAG